CGCCUUCUGCCAGCUGCCAGGGCCGGCUGCCGCACUUGUCUUGGAGGUGGUUUCCAGAACAAACUUCCAGGCAGCGUGGGGCGCAGCGCAGGGGCACCGGGCCCGGAUGGGGGUCCCUGGCUGCUCUGAGCAUCACGUCCUCUGCCCGACAGAGCCCUGUCCCCAGGACUUUCCUCCCCUUUCCAGGCCACGCUGACCAAGUGCUUUGCAGGUGAAGCCAAAAACCUUCCCUCUUACCCGGGGCCAAGCAAGAUGAGGGAUUGCUACUGCACGGUGAACCUGGACCAGGAGGAGGUUUUCAGGACCAAGAUUGUGGAGAAGUCACUCUGCCCCUUUUACGGAGAAGACUUUUACUGUGAAAUUCCUCGGAGCUUUCGUCACCUGUCCUUCUACAUUUUCGAUAGAGACGUUUUCCGGAGGGAUUCCAUCAUAGGGAAGGUGGCCAUCCAGAAGGAGGACUUGCAGAAGUACCACAACAGGGACACCUGGUUCCAGCUGCAGCACGUGGACGCCGACUCAGAGGUGCAGGGCAAAGUGCACCUGGAGCUGCGGCUGAGCGAGGUCAUCACAGACACUGGGGUCGUCUGCCACAAGCUCGCCACACGCAUCGUCGAGUGCCAGGGCCUCCCCAUCGUGAAUGGGCAGUGCGACCCCUACGCCACCGUGACGCUGGCAGGACCCUUCAGAUCGGAAGCAAAGAAGACGAAAGUAAAGCGGAAGACCAACAACCCCCAGUUCGAUGAAGUGUUUUAUUUUGAGGUGACCCGGCCCUGUAGCUACAGCAAGAAGUCUCACUUUGACUUCGAGGAAGAAGACGUGGACAAGCUCGAAAUCAGAGUUGACCUCUGGAAUGCCAGUAACCUGAAGUUUGGAGAUGAAUUCCUGGGAGAACUAAGGAUCCCGUUGAAAGUCCUGCGGCAGUCCAGCUCCUACGAGGCAUGGUACUUUCUGCAGCCCCGGGACAACGGUAGCAAGAACCUAAAGCCAGACGACCUGGGCUCCCUGCGGCUGAACGUGGUAUACACGGAAGACCACGUGUUUUCUUCUGACUAUUACAGCCCUCUGCGGGACCUGCUGUUGAAGUCUGCGGAUGUGGAGCCCGUGUCAGCAUCUGCGGCCCACAUCCUGGGCGAGGUUUGCCGGGAGAAGCAGGAGGCAGCCGUCCCGCUGGUGCGACUCUUGCUACACUACGGCAGGGUGGUGCCCUUCAUCAGUGCCAUCGCCAGCGCGGAGGUGAAGCGGACCCAGGACCCCAACACCAUCUUCCGAGGAAACUCGCUGGCGUCCAAGUGCAUCGACGAGACCAUGAAGCUGGCGGGGAUGCAUUACUUGCACGUCACCCUGAAGCCCGCCAUCGAGGAGAUAUGCCAGAGCCACAAACCCUGUGAAAUAGACCCUGUGAAGCUGAAAGAUGGAGAAAACCUUGAAAACAACAUGGAGAACCUACGGCAGUACGUGGACCGCGUCUUCCACGCCAUCACUGAGUCCGGGGUGAGCUGCCCGACCGUCAUGUGCGACAUAUUCUUCUCGCUCCGGGAGGCAGCGGCCAAGCGCUUCCAGGGUGACCCGGACGUCAGGUACACCGCAGUGAGCAGCUUCAUCUUCCUGAGGUUCUUUGCGCCUGCCAUUCUCUCCCCCAACCUCUUCCAGCUCACGCCGCACCACACGGACCCCCAGACAUCCAGGACGCUGACAUUGAUCUCCAAGACCAUUCAAACCCUCGGCAGCCUGUCCAAGUCCAAAUCUGCGAGUUUUAAGGAGUCCUACAUGGCUACAUUUUAUGAAUUCUUCAAUGAGCAGAAAUACGCUGAUGCGGUGAAGAACUUCUUGGAUCUGAUUUCGUCCUCGGGGAGAAGAGAUCCCAAGAGUGUCGAGCAGCCCAUCCUCCUUAAAGAAGGGCUCAUGAUCAAGAGGGCGCAAGGACGGAAGCGCUUUGGGAUGAAGAAUUUUAAGAAGAGAUGGUUUCGCUUGACCAACCAUGAAUUUACCUACCACAAAAGCAAAGGGGACCAGCCUCUCUACAGCAUUCCCAUCGAGAACAUCCUGGCCGUGGAGAAGCUGGAGGAGGAGUCUUUCAAAAUGAAAAACAUGUUCCAGGUCAUCCAGCCGGAGCGCGCGCUGUACAUCCAGGCCAACAACUGCGUGGAGGCCAAGGACUGGAUCGACAUUCUCACCAAAGUGAGCCAGUGCAACCAGAAGCGCCUCACUGUCUACCACCCGUCCGCCUACCUGAGCGGCCACUGGCUGUGCUGUAGGGCGCCCUCGGACUCGGCUCCAGGCUGCUCGCCCUGCACCGGCGGCCUCCCAGCCAACAUCCAGCUGGACAUUGACGGGGACCGUGAGACAGAGCGUAUCUACUCCCUCUUCAACUCGUACAUGAGCAAGCUGGAGAAGAUGCAGGAGGCCUGUGGGAGCAAAUCCGUGUACGACGGCCCGGAGCAGGAGGAGUAUUCGACGUUCGUCAUUGACGACCCCCAGGAGACUUACAAGACACUGAAGCAGGUCAUCGCUGGCGUCGGGGCUUUGGAGCAGGAGCACGCCCAGUAUAAGAGAGACAAGUUCAAGAAGACGAAAUAUGGAAGCCAGGAGCACCCCAUCGGAGACAAGAGCUUCCAGAACUACAUCCGGCAGCAGUCCGAGACUUCCACUCAUUCCAUUUAAAGUCUGCGGGACGCGCCCCGUGGCGCCAGUGAGCUGCCCGUGCAGAGCCGCAGCCUUUGGGAGGGAGAAGAGAAGGAAAAGCAGAGCCAGCACAUGAGACGCAGCCGCCCGGCCCAUGGACAAGUGGCGCUGGGGCUUCCCUCUCCAGAACCGCCGCCACCGCCGCCACCCCCUGCAGAAAGCCCACGUGACCUGGUGGACUGUGUCGUCCUUCGGUUCUGUGCUUUUGGCUCUUCGUUUGUGGGGUUCUGGGGAUCAGCUGAAGGAUCAGGAAGUGGGGGCUGUGCUCUAGCCGCAGCCGGCCUCAGGGAGCCGUGGCCCGUCCAGUCAGCUGUGACCUGCACCUCCGGCCGUGUGUGCGUCUGUCUCACGUGCACGUCUGUCUUGCGUGCACGGUGCGUGUGGCACUGGGCUCUGUGGCUCUGUGCCCGGGGGGCCUGCUGGCCCCGUCUUGGCUUUCGGCUUCAUCACAUCAGGACGUUCAGAGCAUUACUCUCCCACUGUGCCUGCUGUCCAGGCGGCGUGGGAGGCGGCCUCCGUGUUCACUUUUGAGGUUCGUUUGAUUCCUGGCUGAAGAGUCAGUUUUGUGGCUGGGAGGUGCAGAACUACACAGAAAUCCCAGUCUGAGGAUGUCCUUGGUGCUUGGGGGAUACGGGUUCUGUCCAGAGAGUCCCUUGGAGGGAAAAGUGUGGGCGCCAGCUUCUCCAGGUAUCUGCUGGGCCCACAGUUGAAGCCCCCAUUGUUUUGCUGUUCAAUGGGGUUUAAAAUCAGAAUUAACAUUUGCCACCCCCCGGUGGAAGUUUGAAGAUUUUUAAAACAGAAAUGUGCAUUUUUCAAGCUGUUUUUCUUUAUGUUUUUUAAGGACCAUUUUUAAUUAGCUCUUUGAUACAAAGUAACUCAGAACGUCAAAACCUAUACCCACUAAAGGGAAGGCUGCCGGGAAGGCAGAUGGAACAGGAAUGGAGCCUGUCUCAGGAAGGCCAGCUGCAGGUCCUCAAGAAAAUCAAAGAAGGGAAGAAAUUCUGAGUUUGAGGUACAGGGGCUUCAGGGGUGAGACGUCCCUCCAGGGCCCGUGGCCAGUACUGCACCUGCAUCAUGACCCCUAGAUGCUGUGCAGGGCAUGGGCGGGGCUGCUGUUUUACUGGGGAGGGGAGCAUCCUAAAAAUGGGGUCCAGGCAGACUCCUCCAGACCUCACACCGCCGAGGAGGCCUUUGCCACAGAGCGUCCUCCCGGGAUGCAGACGGCAGGUGUGUGGGAAGCGCCGUUUGAAUACACAGCACGACGUGUCCUUGUACUGACUUCUCCCGGUUCUUGUUUGAAAAUACUGUAGUUCAGACUCUUAAUCUCCAUGGCAGAUAUGAACUUUGUUGUCACAAAACUAGUGGAGGAAAAUGUAAAAAUAGACUUUUGGACACACAGCUGUUGGGGCUGCAAUUUUUACCUUGGAUUUAUAACUUAACGUUUCUGUUUAUAAAAUACUAGUGAUUUGCAAUGUAUUUUACUGGCCAAUUAAAACAGAUGUUUUAUUCUUUCUGA